AUGGGGGGCAAAUCCGGAACAAAGGCUGUCUACUUCGACAAGCUCAAGGGCUUGCUCGAUGAGUACAAGUCCAUCUUCAUCGCACGUCCUCCCCGAGAUAGAAAUCAGGUCAGCGUCGACAAUGUCUCCUCGCAACAGAUGCAUGAAAUUCGCCAGUCUCUUCGCGGUGAAGCUGUGGUUCUAAUGGGCAAGAAUACCAUGGUUCGUCGGGCUCUCAAGGGAUUCAUCCCGGACAGCCCGGAAUAUGAACGUCUCCUCCCUCAUGUGAAAGGAAAUGUGGGCUUCAUUUUCACCAACGGCGACCUCAAGACCAUUCGUGACAAAGUUCUGAGCAACCGAGUCGCGGCCCCUGCUCGUGCUGGGGCCGUUGCCCCUGGCGAUGUCUACGUCCCAGCCGGAAACACUGGCAUGGAACCUGGCAAGACUUCUUUCUUCCAGGCUCUUGGUGUUCCUACAAAGAUUGCUCGUGGAACCAUUGAAAUCACCACCGAGCUGAAAUUGGUCGAAGCCGGCGCCAAAGUUGGGGCUUCAGAAGCCACACUUCUCAACAUGCUGGGCAUUUCUCCUUUCACUUAUGGCAUGAAGGUUACACAAGUUUAUGAAGAAGGUCAAACCUUCUCUCCAGAUGUGUUGGAUGUCGAGGAAAGCCAACUGCUCAAAUCGCUGUCUUCCGCCAUUACAACCAUCACCACCAUCUCGCUUGCUGCCAACUACCCCACUCUUCCUUCUAUCAUCCACAGCUUGGUCAACGGAUACAAGAAGGUCAUUGCAGUUGCUAUCGAGACCGACUACAGCUGGGAGGCGAUCGAGGAGCUCAAGGACCGCAUUGCCCACCCUGAAGCUUAUGCUGCCGCCGCUCCUGUGGCUGCCGCUGCCACUGAAGAGGCUGCUCCCGCUGCGGCGGCGGAGGAAGAAAAGGAAGAGGAGAAGGAAGAAAGUGAAGACGAAGGCUUCGGUGGAUUGUUCGACUAA